AUGCUUGAAAUAAGCUAUUCUACUCGGCUCAGGUCUCUAUUGAACCCGUCUGAUCCUCACUUCUUCGACUACUGGAUAGGAAAACGUUGGCAGAGCGAUGAGUUCUUGACCUCGGCCACUUUCCUCCAACGGCCAGUCACCGAUCCGGACGAGACUUUCAAAGUCUGCGAAAAGGGCUGGAAUUGCAGCGCCGAGAUCAACUUUGUCGGCCCUGCUUACAAGUGUCAAGAGCUUGCUCGUGGGCAAUCUGGCAAUGCACGCCUCCCGUUUGAUUUCGGUCUGCUUGCGCCGAAGGGCAAUCACACUUGGAUCGCCUCUGCGACUCUUGGGGAGUACCACGACCCGCAGCUGAAGGACGUUGAGCCCGGCGGAAUACCAACGUUCGAUCCCCCAUUUCCGAAAAACUUGGGCGCCUUUCGGACGGAACCUGUGAUAUGGGUAGGGUACGCCGAGCUCGUCAACACGUCCAUCCCGCCAUAUCUAGGGGAACGCGGUCGGGGGUUCAACGCCGAAGCAUGGAGGCCAAACGCCUUCGCUUGCGAACACUACGAGGCCAGAUAUACCGCCGAGCUACGAUACAGAGACGGCGUCCAGCUUCAUGCGAUCAAGUCUCGCCAGUUGCUCGACCCCAUUGUGAACACGACCUUCCAAGGCCACAUCCCGGCAGUCGACGGGACCGAGGACAACACAACCGCAACACCAGAGGAAAAUUACGUCCUGCCCAGAGACACCUUGAAGUACCGGAAAACAGCAGCUUACCAUAGCUUGGGGCUAUUCCUACGUAACAUGAUUAACGGCACUAUAUCCGAACCGAACACGAACGCCAGCUCAUUCGUGAUCCAAACCGGCCUUAUAGACCAGAGGUUGUACAACGCCCGGCCCAACAUGGUAAGCCAGUUGGAAAAGUACUACGAGACUCUUGUCUUGUCGAUGCUUGUCAAGCCACGCUUCCUGCCUGUCGUGUGGGCCUCCAAACCGGACGAGCAGACCGGCAUCCGGGACAGCGGUUUGGGACCCAAGGAGGACUACAUGUACCCGUGUCAGAGGGAGCGCGCGGCCAUCAAGUUCUACUAUCGGUCGCGGAUCCUCUUCAGCGUGUAUUGCGUGGCGAUAUUUUUCACGAUUCUGGGGCUGACAGCAGGCGCACUUGCAUUGCGCAAGAACGACGGCGUGCCGCGUAACACUGACUUUUCCAGCAUUGUCGCGGCAACCCGAGGAUCCCAUCUCGGCAAAGUGCCCUGGGAUGGGGUCGAUGGUGAUUCGGGCGGCAUCCCGGAAGAAGUAAUGUCUAUGAAGAUGGGGUAUGGGCGUCUGAGGACUGCAGAGUGCAACGUUGGCUAUCAGGAAGAAGGUGACGACAGAACGGACAGCCCGAAACCCAUGCCUAGGAGCCCAGAUUUCGGUUUCGGCUUCGAAGGGAAUCUAGAUCAGACUUGUGGAUCGAAAGCUUGA